GAACCGCCCCUUUUAUAGACGGCGUGAACUAGAUGCCAUGCUCAUUUGUUCUCGCUGCUAAGAGGGCGUUUCGCGAAUGAAGUAAUUAUGAUUAGGGGUAUGGAGAAUUGUUGGUGUUUUUAUGGAGAAUAACUCCAUAUUUUUAACAUACUAUUGUUGACGUUCUGUUGUUUUCUAACACGUCUGCCGUUGGCCUUGCGAAAACCACGGCUGGUUCGGUGGAUCAUUGCCGGGGUAAAGGCAAAAGGGAAGUGAUCGGUGGAGAUACAGAGCAGACUAGCUAACCUUGCUAAGGGGAGGGUACACGGUAUGCUACGGGUACAUAUUUCACAGUUACUGUUACAAACCAAGUCAGUUGUGGGUUUAGGAUAAUUGUGAGUGCGCCUGUGUGUGUUAUGUGAAGAAUUCAGGACAACGGUUACAUUUUACGUCGCCUUAUGCAGAGUGAUUUACCGUACGCGUCGGCGGUCUGCAAACGUCCCCCCUUUUUCGCGAGGCCAUCCGCGGACAAUGACCGUGGCUUUUGCUGAAUACAUUGCUGUAACACCACAAACCCAGUAAAGUACAGGUCUGCUCCUUCGAGACGAACAGCACGAGGACUUGAUCUGGCUACGAGUUGUGUACACUUUCCUUCCCAUCUUUAAUUCAUCUCUGCGAGUCUCCACUCCAGCCUAACUACAGCCAUGGACCCAGCUUACAUGGGAGGCAUGUCGCCUUCGUACGUUCCCAGGAAGAGGAAGACCGCUCCGCCUCAACAGAGGAGCAGCGUUCCGUAUCCAGUUGUCCAGCGCAUGCCUGAAAGGUCGUUUGAGAUGAGUGUGAUCGGACUUCCCCGGAAUGACGAGGCUCAAGCCCUCGAAGCUCAGAAGAUGAAACGGUCUUAUGGGAGGAAAAGGUAUGAAGACCUGCAGAAUGUGACUCCAGGCCCUGUGGGUGUAGGCUACCCUAUCCCUGACCCUUCCUGCUGCGCUGUGAUGUCAUCCAGCCUGGCCAAUGGGAUGGAGGGGGGUUUUGCACCGCCCCUGACCAGGAUGCCCCCUAGGCUGGUGGCUAAAGACUGCUGGCCCAGCCCUGGCCUCAGUUCCAGCCUCAGCCUGGGCCCCGGCCCCAUCCCUGGCCCCAUCCCACACCUGGACCAGGGGAGAGACAGGGGGCAGGACCAGGCCUGGAGGAACGAUUUCAUCAUGAAGAAAAUGCCGAGAGUAGAAAUGGAAAGAUCGGCACCUGUCACUAGCUUCGCUUCUGAAGUGAGACUGAAUGUUCCAGCUCCGGUUGCCAGUGCUUACGUCCAGAACAUUCCUGGUGCUGCUGGCUUUUCCCAGAACAGCCUGGUUAGUGGCAGCUUCUCCCAGGCCAGCCCAACGCCAUCCCAGCCUUCAGAGGAACCCAAGAACAAGACUCCCAUCUCCUUCUCAACCAAGAAGGAGCCUCCUGUCUACCCUCCAGGCAGCCAGGAGGAGCGCUGGCAGCUGCAGAUCCUGGAUAAAGGCAGAGUGACGUGCCCUAAGUGUAAGAGCGUGAGCAGGAAGACUGUGGAGGGACUGAAGAAGCACAUGGAGUCCUGCAGACUGACCCCCUUCACCUGUCAGCACUGUGGGAAACAGCUCAAGUCUUCUACUGGGAUGAAGUAUCACAUCAUGGCCGACCACAGCAACUUGCCGUCUCCAGGGGACGGGCUUGCUCUGGAUGACCAGUCGGUGAAGGAGAAACUGAGGAAGGUUCUGAAGAGACUCGGACGAUUAAAAUGCUCCAAAGAGGGCUGCAGUGGCAGCUUCACCAGCAUUAUGGGAUACCUGUACCACAUGAAGAAGUGUGGCAAGGAGGAGUCUGAGCUGGAGAAGCUGCUGUUAAACUGCAGUCACUGUGGCAAGGCCUACAAGUCCAAGGCUGGUCUGGAAUACCACCUCAAGUCUGAACACGCUCCAGUGCCCCAGCCGGUGGAGGAGGAUGAGGAGGGGCUGAAGGCCCAGCGGGAGCCCAACGCAGAGUGGAGCCACAGUGGGCGCGUGCAGCGCCAGUCCGCCCAGGUGGCUGUGUUUCACCUGCAGGAGAUCGCCAACGACGAGCUGUCAAAGGACUGGCCCAAGAAGAAGUUCCUCCGAGACCUCGUACCUGACGACCGGAAGCUGAAGUACUCCCGCCCAGGCCUGCCGUCCUUCAGCCAGGAGGUGCUGAGGAAGUGGAAGAACGAGGUGAAGCUGCAGAGGAAGGUUCAGUGCCCCAACCAGGGCUGUGACUGUGUGUACACCAGUGUGUCCGGGCUCAAGGCUCACCUGGGGCUCUGCUGCAGGGGAGACUUUGAGGCAGGGAAGUACCGGUGCCUGAUCUGCAACAAGGAGUUUAACUCUGAGAGUGGCGUUAAGUACCACAUCAACUCUGUCCACUCUCAGGACUGGUUCGUGGUGAACAAGAAAGCGUCCAUAAAAUUUGAGAAAUUUCUGAAGAUGAAACCCAAACACAGUCCUGAUGAAUCCAGCAACCACCACCACCAUCUCCAUCUCCACCACCUCCACCACCUGGACCUGCUCCACCACCAGCAGCACCAGCACCUCCCAGAGAUGCACCACCACCAUCAACAACAUCAGCACCAUCAACAGCAGCAUCAUCUUCAGCAGCAGCAUCUCCAGCAGCAGCUGGUGGAGCAGCCACACCACCAGCAGCAGUUCCUGCCCCACCACGAGCACCACCUGCAGUAUCAACACCCCCACCUCCACGACCAGAACCAGCCCCUGCUCCAACAGCUGCAACCCCAGCUCCACCCCCCCCAGCCCCAGCCCCCGGUCCUCCAGUACACCCCCCUGGAGUCCUGGCUGGAGCGCAGGCCCGAACCCCCCCACGCUCAGAGGGAGGCGCCGGGGGAGGCGGAGGGGAAGAGGAGGGAGCGGGGGGGGGGAGGGGGCAAGUUCAACGGCGGAGACAGCCACAGCAGCAGCAGCAGCGGCAGCUCCAGCAGCGAAUCAGAGACUGAGGUGCCCGGCGGACAGAGACAUCACGACCAAUGGGCUCUGAAGAGGCCUGUCGUCAUGGACGCGGGGCCCGAGGUUUCUAAGCGACACAGGAACAACAAUUAAGGGGACCGUCUGGGAAGAUCCGCUGUGGCAUCCUCCCCCUGCUCUGGAAGGCUGCCCUGCGGGGCACCGGGGCGGGGGGAUUUGAACCGUGGUGCUGGUGAGAAUGUUCCUGCCGAUGGGGUGGUGAGGGAGACACAGACACUGCUCCUCACGGCUCGGGGCGUUGACGAGCUCCAGCCAUCCGGGAGACCAUGCAGAACGAAGCGAGCGUUUCGUCCGUUACAACUGUUGAACACGGAGGUCAUUGUUAUCCUAUAAUGGGUCUUAUUCUUUGUAUUCCAGUACUUCGUUAACUCCUUUUUCCGUUUCUUUUGAAGUUGUCUUGUAUUCUAACUUUAGGAUUCAAUAAUCGUUUCUAACCUUAAAGAGUGGGUCUGGAGUUGUUUAGCUUUUGACUUCCCCCUUCUAUGAAAAGACUGUGCCUCACUUGUGGAUCUAUAAUAUCAUCCUUGUAUCUUAUAUGUUAGACCUCUUCUUUAAAUACACAAAGUAUUUAACCAAUAGCAUGUGGUUUCUGUACAGUAGCCUGCAUUUGAUAUCUUGGAUAGUGAUAUGCUGUACUGUAGUGCAGGAUGGUGGUCUUGUGUCAGUGGUGUCAACUGUGUUAUUAGGGAUUUUGUUUUGUCAAAAUGGAAACACAGUAGAUUCAGUCAUGUCCUUAAUCUUCUUACCUGCUCAGAAUGUGCGUUUAUUUUUGGUUUGUACUCCCUCUUGUUGUUGUGUCUGUACUUCUGUUGAAGCCCCAAGAAACACUUAUUUUAAGUAUGGUUUUUUUAAGUGAUGGAUGAAUUGAGUCCCAUGAACAAUGUAACAUUGAUUGCCUUUUGAAACACAAGUUGUUGUUUUUGUCCAGAAGUUUCUGAUUCUUGUGACCAAACAAGGGAGAAGAUGCAUGCACUGUUAUCACUAGAACGACCUGAGUUUCCAUGUCCAACACUACCCAAGACUAGACCUAGUAACAGCUGUGCCCUAAGAUGUAAUUUGAGUGAGACGGUUAAUUUUAUAAUUUUUAAAGGGAUUAGAAAGCACCUUGUGACAGCAUUUUGUGAAUAUAUGUAUCGUCUAAAAGAUUAGGAAGAAGAAAAAAAACAUGCAUUACCUAUAUUGAAUGCAUUAUAACUUUUUAGAAGUAUCGUGCUGCAACUUUAAAGUUCCAGCAGUGUUAUAACAGGUGACAAGUAAUAAACCUCAUCGUCAUUUUGAA